UCCUCCUCCUCUUCCUCCUCUCUCUUCUUCACACAUCCGAGCAGCAGAUUUCAGAAUCAACUCUCCAACAUCAACAUCACUCACACUCUGUCCGACUCUCUGCUUCAGCAACUCUUCAUCUAACACACUCAUGGAUUAUUAUCUGCUGCUGUUGUGGACCUGCAGCCUCCUGCCAGAUCUUCAUCGCUGCUUCAACUUUGACACAAAGAACUUCAAGAUCUUCUCCGGAUCCAAAGAGUCUCAGUUCGGAUACACGGUCCAGCAACACGAAGCAGGAGGACGACAAUGGCUGCUGGUCGGAGCUCCGUUUGAAUCCACCGGGAAGCAGCAGACUGGCGACGUGUACAAAUGUCCGCUGGACACCAGGAGCUCGGUGAACUGCAGCCGACUGCACCUGGGGAAACUGUCUCUGGACGACGUGUCGGAGAGAAAAGACCAGAUGAGGCUCGGCAUGACGCUGACCUCUAACCCCAGAGACAGCAGCUUCGUGACCUGUGGACCUCUCUGGUCUCAUGAAUGUGGGAGUUCCCUGUACAGCACAGGAAUCUGCUCCAGAGUCGGUCGCAACUUCAGACUGUCGCACACCAUCGCUCCGGCCCUGCAGAGGUGUGAGACCUUCAUGGACAUCGUGAUCGUUCUGGAUGGUUCUAACUCCAUCUAUCCCUGGUACGAGGUCCAGGACUUCCUCAUCAACAUCCUGCACAAGUUCUACAUCGGCCCAGGUCAGACGCAGGUCGGGGUGGUCCAGUACGGCUCGGCCGUGGUCCACGAGUUCAGUCUGGGCGAGUACCAGACGGCGGAGGAGGUGGUGGAGGCCGCGAGGAGCAUCGACCAGCGGGGCGGAGAGGAGACCAGGACGGCGCUGGGCAUCAACGUGGCGAGGUCGGAGGCGUUCAAGCGCGGCGGCCGGCGCGGCGCUCAGAAGGUGAUGAUCGUGAUCACUGACGGUGAAUCUCACGACAGUCCUCAGCUGGUUCAGGCCGUCGGCGACAGCGAGCGGGACAACAUCACCAUGUACGCCAUCGCUGUCCUGGGUUACUACAACCGUCGGGGAAUCAACCCCGAAGCUUUUCUGAAGGAAAUCAAGUUCAUCGCCAGCGACCCGGACGAGAAGCACUUCUUCAACGUGACGGACGAGUCGGCGCUGAAGGACAUCGUGGACGCGCUGGGAGAGCGGAUCUUCACUCUGGAAGGAACCAGCAGUCAGGGUCGGGGCUUCGGUCUUCAGAUGGCUCAGGCCGGUUUCUCCUCACAUUUAGUCAAAGACGGCGUUCUGCUCGGGGCGGUGGGCGCCUACGACUGGAACGGCGCCGUGCUGAAGGAAACCAAACACGGGAAGGUCGUUCCUCCGAAGUCCUCCUAUCAGGACGAGUUCCCAGAGGAGCUGAAGAACCACGGGGCGUAUCUGGGUUACUCGGUGGGUUCACUCGUGUCGUCCCGCGGCUCGCAGCUCUACGUGGCCGGAGCGCCGAGGUUCAACCACACGGGCAAGGUCAUCGUCUUCACCCUGAGGAACACGGGGAACCUGACGGUCCUGCAGGCGCUGCUGGGGGAGCAGAUCGGAUCAUAUUUCGGCAGCGAGUUGUUGUCGAUGGACGUCGACGGAGACGGCCACUCCGACGUCCUCCUGGUGGCGGCGCCCAUGUACUACAGCCAGGGCUGGGAGAGGGGGAAGGUUUACGUCUACUCCAUCACGCCUCAGACGUCGUUUGUCCUGCAGGGGGCACUGGAGAUGUCCGAGCGCUCUCAGAACUCCCGUCUGGGCUCGGCCUUGGCCCAGAUACCCGACAUGAACGGAGACGGAUUCAGGGAGCUCGUGGUCGGCGCCCCGCUGGAGGACGACCACCAGGGGGCGGUCUACGUCUUCUACGGGCGGCACAAAAGCCUCCGGCGGCAGUACAGACAGGUACAGACCAGGAGCCGGUGGCUUCAGACCAGUGAAACGAGUCCAUGUGUUAACGGUCCGUGUUCGUCUCCGCAGCGUCUCCCUGCAGCCGGUUUCUCCGCAGGUCUGAAGUAUUUCGGACGAAGUCUUCACGGCGUCGUGGACGUCAACGCUGACGGACUGGUCGACCUCGCCGUGGGAGCGCUGGGAGCCGCCGUCAUCGUCUGGUCUCGCGCUGUGGUGCGGAUUCAGGCCAAACUGACCUUUGAACCCGAGAAGGUGAACGUCUUCAACAAGGACUGUCGGCGAGGAGGGAAGGAGGUGACCUGCAUGUCUGUGACCGUCUGUCUGAGUCUGGAGCCCAGAACCAAGACCAGGACCAGAACCAGGACCGAUGUCGCUGUGUGGUUCAGCCUGGUGUUGGACGAGAGACGUUUCCCUCCACGUGCGGUUCUGGACGAGUCCGACCGACAGCAGCCCAGGAACCUGCUCCUGCAGACGGGAGGUCAGAGCUGCCAACGCCUUGGCUUCUCUGUCCAGGAGACGACAGAUUACGGACGUCCCAUCGCGGUCGCCAUGGAGACGGGGAUGCAGAGCCCAGACGAGGGGCCGGUGAUGGACCCCGACUGGCCGAGCGUCCUGAGGGCGGAGCUUCCGUUCUGGAACGGCUGUGAGCAGGAGGACACCUGCGUCCCCGACCUCGUCCUGCACAGUCACACCGACCUGACGGACGUCCAUCAGUUCUGCAGCUCCAGGGAGCGAGCGGCCUCCUGGUCCCUGUGUGGCCACCGGGGGGCGUCGGCGGAGUACGUGGUGGAGUCCGGGCGCAGGAGGAUGGUGGUGUUCGCCCGACUGGAGAACCAGGGAGAGAACGCGUACGGAGCCGCCCUUCACAUCUCCACCUCCGCCAACCUGCUCUUCUCCAGCCUCAUCGUCAAGGACCAAUCAGAUAUUCAGAUCGAAUGUUACUCUGAGGACAGACUGCCGGCCAAUCAGAGGCUCUGUAACAUCAGCGCUCCGUUCAUGAAGUCCCUGUCCCAGGUUUCCUUCCACCUGGAGUUUCAGUUCAGCCGCUCCGUCUUCCUGGAUCACGUGCGGGUCGUCAUGACAACCACCAGUGAGGGUGACGAGGGAUUUCCAGACGACAACAUCAACGACGUCUUGCUGCCUCUGAAGUAUCAAACCGACCUCCUCUUCACCAGAGACCCCAACCCUCCUCGUUUUGAAAUCACAUCCUCCUCCUCCUCCUCUUCCUCCUGGGACCCGCCGCGCGGCAGCUCACCGGCCUUCAACCUCACUUACUACAUCCAGAACCUGGGAAUCUUCUCGGUGCAGGACGUCCUGUUCCGAGCCGACAUCUGGGCCGUGACCGGGCAGGGCAACCGGCUGGUGGACAUCAGCGACUACAGCAUCGAACAGGUUCCAGGGUGUCACUGCACGCUGCCGCAACUCCCGACGACCAAUCAGAUCACAGCUGAGGACCUGACACCGCUGUCUCAGCUGAACCACAGUAACAGUGUGAGCAUGGCGGUCCAGUGUCGACUCGACCUGCCGACCUCCAGAGAGGUGAAGGUGACGCUCAGAGGACGACUGCAGCUUCCUGCUCUGCUCGCGGUGAGCUUCAGGUCUCUGGAGUUACUGACCUCCGCCUCCAUCCAGCUGCAGGCGUCCAGCCCCAUGUUCCUGCAGGAGGACAGACCGGUGCGACAGAUAAUCCUGGAGCUGCGGAGGGACGACGACUCCCCCGUCCCCGUCUGGAUCAUACUGGGAAGUUCACUGGGAGGCCUGCUGCUGCUGGCCUUACUGGUGCUGGCCCUGUGGAAGCUCGGCUUCUUUGACAGACGGCGGCGACAGGAAGAGGAGGAGCCGCCCGUGACCAAUGGGAAAGCAACAGAGGAGCUUUGAUGUGCGAGUGACGUGAACCCGACACGUGGAUGAAAUAAUCUGAAAUGUCUUGAUUUUUGACUACGAGUCGACGAGGACUCACCUGAACGCAUCACGAGCCUCCACCUGUCACUCAGGGACCCUGAUGCCCCGCCCCCCCCACAGCUCGUCACGCAGCCAGUUGCAGCCGUCGAUGACUGAUCAGCCAACCACCAGCAGCACCUGCCAACAUGUGACCCGAUCGGCCAAGUCGAGGUUAUUUCAACAGUGUGAUCAUCUGUCUCUGUAAAUUCUCUGUAAAUGACGUACGGAGGCUCUGAAGGACAAAACACAGACGCAGAAACACUGAGGAAGUUUCCCUAACGUUUGUGCAUUUGUGUUCGUGUGUUUUGUCCUUCAGAGCCUCCGUAGUUCACAUUCAGACGUUUCUUAGAGACUUGAUGAUACAACAGAUACUCUGAUACAA